AAUACUGCACCAUAUAGCAUCGAAGUUCAUCAGCUUAUGAAUCUAUAGCCUCCUCUUCCUUCUUCCUUUCAAGAUACUACAAGUGGACUGCCUGUCCAAUAAAACAGAAGCCGCCUUCCCCGACAUUCUUAAGUUAGAAAGAAAGACUGAAAAUGGCAGAAACAGUUCUCUCUUUUGUGCUGGAUCAACUCUCAACUUUUCUGCGCGAGGAGGGACGACUAUUGGGAGGGCUUCGGCAAGAGGUCCAAUUCAUCAUGGAUGAGUUGGAGCACAUGAGAGCUUUCCUGAGAGAGGCAGAAGCAAAAGAAGAAGAUGCUGAACCCAGGCUCCAAGAAUGGAUCAAGCAAGUGCGAGAGGCUGCUUAUGACACUGAAGACAUUCUUGAUGAAUUUGUCGCUCGCUUUGCUCGGCAUCGCACAACAGGAUUCUACGGCUCUGUUCGGAGAAUUUUCAGCUCCAUCAAGAAUUUGAGAGCUCGUCAUCGAGUUGCUAGCGAAAUGCAAAGCAUCAAGUCCAGAAUCAAAAGUAUUUCUGAAGGUCAUCAAAGAUACCAAUCCGAAUACGGUAUCUCUGCCCAAGCGUCCAGCUCACUUUCUGCCGUGAACAACACAACCUGGCGCUAUAGCAGAGAUGAUGUGCUGCUUGUGGAAGAAGCUAAAUUAGUUGGCAUUGACCAGCCCAAGAAACAUCUUAUUUCUAAGCUCCUCGAAUGGGAUGAUCACCAACUGAAAGUUGUUUCAGUGGUUGGUAUGGGAGGAAUUGGCAAAACUACCCUGGUGAAAAGAGUCCAUGAGGAUCCAGAAGUCAGAAGGCAUUUCCCUGUUCGGGCUUGGGUAACUGUCUCUCAAACAUGUGACUUUCAGUACCUCCUGAAAGACUUGAUUCGGCAGUUACACGAGGAAGGACAGAAACCAGUCCCACAAUCGAUCGAGUCUUUGAAUAUCACCGAGCUGCAAGAAUUUGUCAAACAUUUUCUUCAACAAGCUGGAAGGUAUGCAAUUGUUUUUGAUGAUGUAUGGGACGUGGAAUUUUGGCAUGCCAUCAAAUUUGCACUACCUGAGAGUAGCCACGGGGGCAACCGUGUCAUACUCACAACUCGAAGAGCUGAUGUAGCCUCUGCCUCUUGCAUUGAAUCUCGGGGUUUUGUCUAUAGAAUGGAGCCACUAUCUAUUGAGGAUUCGUGGACCCUGUUUUGCAGCAAGAUCUUUAACGGUGGUAAUUGCCCUGGCCAUUUGAUGGAUGUUGCCAAAGGUAUAUUGGAUAAAUGUGAGGGCUUGCCCCUUGCGAUUCUUGCAAUCAGUGGGCAUUUGGCUUUGAAAGAUGUAAACAGAACAGAGGAAUGGGAGAUGGUUCGACGCAGUCUCGGAGGUGAAUUAGAAGGCAUUGGUAAGUUGGACAGAGUUAGAAAGAUACUCUCUCUUAGUUAUAGUAAUUUGCCUUGGCAUCUAAAGGCAUGUCUGUUGUACACAAGUAUCUUCCCAGAGGAUUAUGAAAUAGGAUGCCUAAGACUUGUUAACUUAUGGAUUGCUGAAAGGCUUGUGGAAUGGAGAGAAGGAAUGAGCAUUGAAGAUGUAGCUUGGGGUUAUCUCAGUGAACUCAUCAGCAGAAGCCUAAUUCAAGUGACUGACGUGUUUUAUGAAGGAUUACCCGACUAUUGUCGAAUUCAUGACCUAUUAAGAGAGGUUUUGCUUCUCAAGUCAAGGGAACAAAACAUGGUCACAGCUACUACUGGACGACCAACGAUGUGGCCGUCCGAGAAGGUACGCCGUCUAGCAGUCCACAGUAGUUGGGGUAACAACACCCAACACCACCAUCAAAGACCAAAUUAUUGCUUUGACCACCUUCAUUCAUUCGUUACGAUUGAAUCCAUGAACCCGCUACUAUUCAAAACAUUGUUAUCUGAUGUUUUAAGGAGUAGCAAGCUGUUAAAGGUUUUGGAUUUGAGAGGUCAAGAGACAGAGGAGGAAAUACCAAAUGAGAUUUUCAAGAUGUUUCAUCUCAAGCAUCUGGACCUAUAUCAUACAAGAGUGGAGAGAGUCCCGAAAGCCAUCGGAAAGCUUCAACAUUUGGAGUAUCUGAAUUUGGGUAACACCGGAGUUAGGGAAUUGCCGAUGGAAAUUCUAAAGCUGCAAAAACUUCGGUUUCUCAAAGUAUAUCAAGAAGUUGAUUCUUCAGAUGAUGAUUAUGGAUCUCACGGAUUUAAAGCUCCAUCCAAUAUGGGAGGGCUUCUUGCCCUAGAAGUAUUAGACUGCAUAGAUGCAAGUAGUGGAUCCACAAUAGUUAAGGAGAUAGGAAAGCUGACCCAAUUAAGAGAGCUAUAUAUUACAAGGUUAAGAAGAGAAGAUGGAAAAGAGCUCUGCUCCUCCCUUGCCAACCUCACCAGUCUUCGGGAAUUAAGUGUUGCUUCAAUUGGAAAAGGUGAUGAUCAUGAGAUAAUCGAUCUAAGUCAUCAUCAUCCUUCCCUUUCUUCUUCGUUUCUUCAAUCUCUUCGUAUGCUGCUUUUGUGCGGCCGCUUAGAAAAGAUGCCACAAUGGGUAGCUCGUCUUCACAGCUUGGUAAGAGUAGAUUUGGACUGGAGCAGGUUAAGGACUGAGGAGGAUCCGCUUGAAUCCCUCCAAAAUUUGCCCAAUUUGAGUUUAAUUAAUUUCUGUGGAUCUUACCAGGGAGAAGGGUUGUGUUUCAAGGCUAGAGGGUUCCUAAAGCUGAAGUGGAUGCACUUAAAGAGAUUGGAAGGGUUGAGAUGGAUGAGAGUGGAGGAGGGUGCAUUGCCUCGUCUCCAGAAACUAUUUCUGGAACAACUUCCAUUACUAGAUGAGUUACCUUCGGGUAUUCAGCAGUUGAGCCAGCUUCAGCGGCUGACUUUGUAUGAGUUGAGUUCUCAAUUGAGAGAGAAGCUGUUAGAGAAUCAGAAGGAAGAAAGUGAAGAUUACAGAAGAAUCGCACACAUUCCUGAAAUUCUCAUUGGUUACUAUACAGAUGAUAGGAUAUGGAGAGAGCACCAGCUAUGGGAGAAGAAGGAGAAGAAGAAGAAGACAUAAUCAUUCCUAGCAAUAGCAGCCGCCGAGGCUUCCCUUUCUCUACUUUGUACCCUCCGUGUUGUGGACAACACGGCUUCCUCUUCUUUUGUUUUUAUUUUUUCUUAAUCUUUUUUCCCUUCGACAUCCAUGAGAGAAGUUCAUCAUCUUGUGUGUCUUACCUUCUUAUUUAUUUUAUGUAUCGUUUAGUUUCUUGAUCUUUUCUAUCUGUAAUUGAAUGGAGAGACCGCUGGCUGUGGGCGGAGAUGAAGAAAACA